AUGGAAGCAACAGGAAGCAGCUUUAUAUAUCAAUUUUGCUAUGGCAAAGUAGAAAAUAUAGGGAAAGAUAAAGAUUAUGUUCUAUUUAUUCAGAAUCAAAAGGCUUUCAAAGAAAUCGCAAAAGCGGGAAACCCCACGGAUGUUCUUCCUUGGACACGGUUCUUUUUCCGAGAAAGGCUCCAAAACUUUUAUAAAUUAACCAAAGAGGGCAAAGAAGCUCGUGAAAAGAAAAUCAAUGACAUAUCGAAAACAUUUGAUCCAAAACAUUUGCGCCAUGCUGUAGAUAGUUUGAUAUCAAAUAAAAUAAAAAAUGGGUUAAGCGAUGAACCAAACAAAGCUGAAGUAAUGAAAGUGGACGUUUUGGGUGUUACUGGGGAUUUUUUCGGUACAGCAGCGACAACCCUUCUUUGGCUAUUUCUAUACAUGGUAGAAUAUCCAGAGAUUCAAUUGAAAAUCCAGCAAGAGAUCGAAGACAAUAUUGGAGGUAGUGGUAUAAUUACCACAAAACACGGAGAAGCUAUGCCUUUUACUGAGGCUACAAUCUAUGAGAGAAUGCGUCUAUCAGGUGUUGUUCCAAUGGGACUUCCACACUAUACAACGGAGGACGUCUGA